AUGGACAACAUACCCCCGUUUGCCAGGAAAUACGUCUCAAAGGCCUACUUUGACCGGCUCGACUGGAGGGAGAGGGCCGCCUACCUCAAGGGAGUCCAGGACGUCAUGGACCUCUUCAGCAAAGACCUCGAGAACAGAGCUAUGGGAGUCCUCAAGCGAAAGGCCCACUGGCUCGAACCAAUAGAAUCAACCUCCUCGUCGUCGUCCUCACGCCCAACUCUCUCUCAGCCUUAUUCUUCCUUGGCAGCACCAAAGGCAUUUCCAACAAUCACAACAGCAGCGGCAGCACUGGCGACUGCAAAGGCAACAGCAGCAGUAACAACUCUGAACAACGCCAGGGUCGUGCCAAAGACGGGGCAGUCAACACAACAAUCAUCACAGUCUUCAUCACAGUCUUCAUCACAGCCUUCAUCACAACCUUUCAACGGAUCGCAAUCAACAGCAUCGCAGCCAUCGCAAAACGCGUCUCAGUCCCUGUCAUCGCAGUCAUCAACAACCUCACAGCCACACCUGAAGCGCAAGACGACCGAGAAUGCGCCCCUCGACACAGAGAUCACGUUUGUUGGCAUGAGGUACAGGAGUGGACACGUCUUCUCACCCACUGAUCAAGUCAGGCUGGAACGGGAUCGCAAUAACCCCGUUGACAAGAACGCGAUCAAGGUCAUGGUCGCCAAGAACGGCAAGUGGUUCCAUGCAGCCUAUGUCGGGAGGGACGAGGCAAACGCAUUGAAGGAUCAGCUUGGAAUCGAACAUAUGAAGCUCACCUACCUUCGCGCCUACCUCGCCAGCGUCAAGUAUCGUCUUCAAGCCUAA